AUGUGGGCCCCACCCGCGGCGUCGCCGACGGGGGCGAUUCCCUCGCUCCGGCCGUCGCGGGCGGCGGCGGUCCGCGUCCUCGUCACGCUGCCUGCCGCCGCGCGGCCGCAGGAUCAGCCGCGGCGGCGGCUCUGUCUCGCGGUACCGCCGCCCGCUCCGGAGAUGGCCUCUGCGGCUGCAGAAGGGGAGGGGGAGGAGGAGGAGGAGGAGGAGGAGGAGGACGUGGUGGUGGUAGAAGGGGACACGGAGAUGAAGAAGGCGGUGGAGAUGGACGCGGCCGUGAGGCGGGAGCUGGCGAUCCGGAGGCUGCGGGAGGAGGCCGAGGCGGAGGCGAACGAGGCGGGGACGAGGAGGGGGAGGAGCAGGAGGGAUUUCGCCGUGUUCGAGACCGCCAGGGGCGACGCGCUCUUUACGCAGUCGUGGACUCCGGCCGCCGCCGAUCGCCUCAAGGGCGUUGUUGUAUUGUUGCAUGGUCUAAACGAGCAUAGUGGAAGGUACAACCAUUUCGCAAAACUGUUGAAUGAUCAAGGGCUUAAAGUUUAUGCCAUGGACUGGAUUGGACAUGGUGGAAGUGAUGGGGUUCAUGGAUAUGUUUCGUCGCUUGAUCAUGUUGUUGGUGACUUGAAAGAAUUUCUGGAGGAUGUUGUAUUGGAGGAAAACCGUGGUUUGCCGUGCUUCUUAUUUGGGCACUCCACAGGUGGAGCUAUUGUUUUGAAGGCCGUGCUGGAUCCUUUUGUAGAACUUCAUGUAGAAGGUGUGGUCUUAACGUCGCCAGCUAUUCAUGUUCAACCAUCUCAUCCAAUCAUCAAAGUUGUUGCACCAAUAUUCUCCAUGCUAGCUCCAAAAUACCGAGUCAGUGCUUUGCAUAAGAGAGGACCUCCUGUUUCACGCGAUCCAGAGGCUCUGAAGAUUAAAUAUUCAGAUCCCCUUGUGUAUACUGGACCAAUUAGAGUCAGAACUGGCAAUGAAAUACUCCGGAUAUCAUCAUUUUUGCAAAGAAACUUGAGCAGAGUUACUGUCCCUUUUCUUGUUCUACAUGGUACAGCUGACACAAUAACUGAUCCGAGAGCGUCAGAGCGAUUAUACCAAGCAUCAAUGUCAACAAAUAAAUCAAUAAAAUUGUAUGAUGGAUAUUUACAUGAUCUUCUCUUUGAACCUGAAAGGGAUGAUAUCGCAAAUGAUAUCAUCAAUUGGUUAAGCACAAGACUUGAUGUUCUUCAGGGAUGGUGA